GGUCUUCAGCAAUAACCAAGUUCUCAGAACUGACAUUAAACGAAAUGUGUGGAUAUCGAGAAGGAGAAUACAUAGAUCGAUCACGAGGCUGAAAGGGAAGAACAAUCAUAAAAAUACAACACAAAGCUACAGAAUGCACUUAACUUUUGUGGGGGUUUAUUGAUGAGUGACGUAUGUUAAUCAAGACAAAGUGAAAGUACUUUCGAUACAACAUUUCCAAAGCUGACGUAAUAUUUAGCUUUAAUAGUCCCCUUAUUUGGAACGAAAUUCAUUUGCUUCGUUGGUUUGUGCUGCUAAUAUCUCAAAAGAAGAGCUUUGGUUAAAUUUCUUUAGUGUGAAAGAUCAAGGACUCCACAAACUAGGUUUCCCAGGAGGUUGAUCAAACAAAACACAACAACAAGAGAGGACGACUCACAGUAAAAUAUCUCCCACAUGGAAUCCUUGCAGGCAGCCGUCUUCUUUUUCCUGGCAACACUUUUGACUGCCUCAGGCAUUGUAUGUUUGGUGUCACUUCCCCUCCAGAUAGCAAUGAUAGUAAUUGGAGCUGAUUAUAAAGACGAGUGCCCAGUGGAACCACUGAUCCCGAUUUACCUGAUUGUAGCUGGAGCGGGUGGUCUUGUCGCCAACUGCUGUUCCUGUGGCGUACGAUAUCAGGAAGGAAGCCAAGGAGAGGAAAGAAGUGUAAACCCAGUACAACUUAUGGUUCAACUUUUCAUGUUCGCUUGGUUCGUCUGCGGAAGCGUGUGGAUUUACACAAACUAUCAGCCAAACUACGCCGAUCCAGAGAGCGCUGACUACUGUAACAAGACGUUGUACCUGUUUGCAUUCUGGGUUACCACCUCUUACCACAUUGUAUCUGGUGUGGUGCUGACCUGUUUCUGUGUUGCUAGCUUUUUCGCGGCUACCAAGACUUGCAUCAAAUGUAUGUCUAAUUACUGCUGACACUACCUGUAACAAUAAAGAUCUUGAUGUAGAACUGAAUGUUUUUGAAACUGAAAUUUGAACUCUUUCAAUACGAGUUGCAUUUCAGUAUUUUGCGAGGAUGCUGUAAUGUUUUUUUUUUCAUAAAAAUAUACAGCUGACUGUAAUAAAUAAAAACUGUUUUAGAAUUGAAUAUUUUCAAAAUAGGAAUUUGAAGUUUUUUCUGUGUUCUGCAAAGUUAAUGGGAUUUUUUAUAUAUAUAUGUUAAACUAGAGGCCAACAAUCACCGUCAAUCGUUUGAUCAUGCAUGGGAUCCUUUUUCUUAUUUAAAUAUAUACUAAUUAUCUUGCUUUAAAAGCAUCAAAUAUAUGCCUCACAGCGUAAAUCAAAUGCAGAAGUCUUAGUAUCGCUCGAUACAUCCAAGGGUAGCACCCAAAGGGUAUCAAGAGGUAUUCUUGCUUUCUUGCUUACUCUUUUGUUUGCCCAGCUAUCAGCCGGACACACGGAUUUAUUUACAGUUGAAAUGGCACCCAUGUCGAAUUAUC